AUGCCACCUUCAUCCUGCAUUUCAUCUAACUCAACACAACCUUCAUUCUACAUUCCAUCUAACCCAGCACCACCUUCAUCCUACAUUCCAUCUAACUCAGCACCACCUUCAUCCUACGUUCCAUGUAACCUAAUGCCACCUUCAUCCUGCAUUCCAUCUAACUCAACACAACCUUCAUCCUACAUUCCAUGUAACCUAAUGCCACCUUCAUCCCACAUUCCAUCUAACCCAGCACCACCUUCAUCCUACGUUCCAUGUAACCUAAUGCCACCUUCAUCCUGCAUUCCAUCUAACUCAACACAACCUUCAUCCUACAUUCCAUGUAACCUAAUGCCACCUUCAUCCCACAUUCCAUCUAACCCAGCACCACCUUCAUCCUACAUUCCAUCUAACUCAGCACCACCUUCAUCCUACGUUCCAUAUAACCUAAUGCCACCUUCAUUCUGCAUUGCAUCUAACUCAACACAACCUUCAUCAUACAUUCCAUGUAACCUAAUGCCACCUUCAUCCCACAUUCCAUCUAACCCAGCACCACCUUCAUCCUACAUUCCAUCUAACUCAGCACCACCUUCAUCCUACGUUCCAUGUAACCUAAUGCCACCUUCAUUCUGCAUUGCAUCUAACUCAACACAACCUUCAUCAUACAUUCCAUGUAACCUAAUGCCACCUUCAUCCCACAUUCCAUCUAACCCAGCACCACCUUCAUCCUACAUUCCAUCUAACCCAGCACCACCUUCAUCCUACAUUCCAUCUAACUCAGCACCACCUUCAUCCUACAUUCCAUGUAACCUAAUGCCACCUUCAUCCUGCAUUCCAUCUAACUCAACACAACCUUCAUCCUACAUUUCAUGUAACCUAAUGCCACCUUCCUCCUGCAUUCCAUCUAACUAA